AUGUCUCAACGGAAAUAUGCAUUAGACAUCUUACAAGACUCAGGACUUCUAGGGGCACGCCUAGACAAAUUUCCAAUGGAAGACAAUUUGAAACUUACUCCUACACAUGGUGAAUUAUUGAAUGAUCCAACUAAGUAUAGAAGAUUAAUUGGCAGGCUGGUUUAUCUUAUGGUUACUAGACCUGACAUAGUCUAUUCUGUACAUAUACAAAGUCAAUACAUGCAGCCUCAAAAACCUCAAUGGGAUGCUGCUAUACGGGUCCUUAAAUAUAUUAAGGGUACUCAAGAUCAAGGCUUAUUGUUUCAUUCCACCAAUGAUCUUACAGUGAAGGCCUUUACUGAUUCAGAUUGGGGGAGUUGGAGUGCCACAAGGAGAUCAAUUACAAGAUAUUGUAAUUUUCUUGGAAAUUCUCUUGUCUCAUGGUCCAAGAAACAAUCAAAUGUUUCAAGAUCGUCAGCAAAAGCAGAAAUAUCGGGCUAA